AUGACUGACAGCCUGCUAGCCAGCGCGCGCGUGUCUGUCAGCUCCGUACUCAACCGCAACGUGAAGGAGUUCGGCAAGCAGUUCCUCAUCGACGGCUCCGACGAAACGUGCUGGAACUCGGACGAGGGUUUGCCGCAGUGGGUGCUGCUGCGGUUCCUGCAUCCCGUGCUGAUCGCGCGGCUCUGCGUGCGGUUUCAGGGCGGCUUCGCCGGCCGUGAGUGCCACCUGGAGGGCGGUGACUCCCCGCAGACGCUGCGGCGGCUUGCAGACUUCUACCCGGAGGACGUGAAUGCACUGCAGACGUUUGACGUGCGUGCGCAGCAGCCGGUCAGUGUCGCGAGACUCGUGUUUGCGAGCAGCACCGACUUCUACGGACGCGUGGUCGUCUACAGUCUCGACCUGCUCGGAGACUGCGCAUAG